AUGAAAGAAGUAGUUACAAAAGAGGUUAUCAAGUGGCUAGAUGUUGGUACUAUUUACCCAAUCUCAGAUAGUUCUUCGGUCAUCCUGCGACAAUGUGUUCCUAAGAAAGGAGGAGUCACGGUGGUAGCUAAUGAGAAUAAUGAGUUGAUUCCCACAAGAACAGUAACUGAUUUGGUGGAGCAAUCCCUUGAGGCGUUUAUGGAUGAUUUAUCGAUUUUUGGUGUUGUACAUGGCCAAAGAAAAGAGAAUGUGUUUCAUUCCAUCUAUUAUGCAAGCAAGACACUACCCGAUGCUCAAUUGAACUACACUACCACGAAGAAAGAACUUUUGGUUGUGGUAUUUUCUUUUGAUAAGUAUAGAACUUACCUUCUGGGGACAAAAGUUGUGGUAUACAUGGAUCAUUCAGCCAUCAAAAAAGGGACAAAGAAUCAAGUUGUUGACCAUCUCUCUAGACAUGAGGAUGGUAAUGGAGAGUCCUUUGAGCAGCCUAUUAGAGAGACAUUUCCCGAUGACCAACUCUUGGUGGUGAGUCAAGUUUCAAUGCCAUGGUAUGUUGAUUUUGUGAAUUACUUGGAGAAUGACAUGACUCCACCUGAUUUGAAGGGACAACAACUCAAGAGAUUCUUCCAUGAUGUGAAAUUUUACUAUUGGGAUGACCCAUUUCUUUAUAAGCAAUGUUCAGAUCAGGUGCUGAGAAGUUGUGUACCGGAGAGGAUGUUCAAAGCAUUCUAG